CUCUGCUGCCCAUUGGCACAGCAGCCGGAGCAGGAGGACCGCAAAGGGGAGGGCCGAACGGGCCCCCUCUCCUCCCUGCAACAGAAGAUGUGUGCUCCUCUGAGUGGGAACUGUUUGUGAAAGAGCUCUGAGUCCAGAGCCUCAGCGGUCAACUCUAAUUAUCAGGUGUUGUGAGCAGCUCCUGUCCCAACUGGACGUCCGCAGGCCUCUCCAUCUGAAGUGCAGCCUCAGAAGAACUCUUGUGGCUCUGUCAAGCGCGGAGGCCAGAGCGAGAUAGAGAGAGAGAGAGAGGAGAAAGAUGGACACGUGCGCCUGCGCUUUGGAGCUGCUGGGGAUGCUGGUGUAUGUUGGAGCAUGGCUGUGCGCUCUCGCCACCACUAUCUUACCACAGUGGCUGACCAUGUCCACUGCGCUGCUGCCGGUAGAGAGCUACGAGCUGGGCCUGUGGGAGACAUGCGUCGUCCAGGAUGUCGGAGGCAUGGAGUGCAGAGCUUAUGACAGCCUGCUGGGCCUUUCCAGUGACCUCAAGCUGGCCCGUAUUCUCAUGUGUGCCUCCCUCGCUGUGGGCAUGCUGGGAAUGCUGGUGGCCAUACCUGGACUUUACCUGGUCAACAGCUGUAGAGAGCACGGAGGCUACCGAACCAAGAGGACUUUAACCAUCAUAGGGGGGGUGCUGGGGAUGAUUUCUGGAGUGCUGUGUCUGAUCCCCGUUUCCUACAUGGCCCAUUUAGCAGUGAUGCAUUUCUUUGAUGAUAAAGUACCUGACGUGGUGCCGCGAUGGGAGUUUGGCGAUGCCCUGUUCUGCGGCUGGGCCGGAGGAUUUCUUCUCAUAGUGGCCGGGCUCCUUCUGGUCACCUCCUGCUUAUGUUCACAGGUGGAGCCUCAGCCUGUGCUGCAGCGGAGAUACCAGGUCAUGAGUACAGAUGUUUCCUUCAGGAAGCGCUCAGAGUACGUUUAAGGGACAGAUGAUUCAAAUUAAAAGAUUACCUGCAUAGAGACCUACAAACACAACACAAUCACCUGUAGAACUGCACUUCAAACUGCUUUGAAAUAAUGAUGUAAAUAUCUGGAUUUAUAUGAAAGGCAACAUCCUGUGUAAGGGUUGCUUUAUCGGUUGUGGAUUUUGAUUGUUGCAGCUGUUUUUAAUGACUCAAGUGCACAACCCAACAGUUCAGUUUAAAAGAACCUGC